AUGGCGGCGACGUUCAAGAAAGCGUCCAAAGAUCUAAUCGACGAGGCUCGAAGAUGGGCUGCCAUGAAACAGACUGGCGUCAGCCUCCGUUACAUGACGGAAUUCGGGUCCCGCCCCACGCCCCGUAAUCUCCUCAUCUCUGCUCAAUUCCUCCACAAGGAGCUCCCUAUUCGCAUCGCCCGCCGCGCCGUCGAGCUCGAGUCUCUCCCCUACGGCCUCUCCCUUAAACCCGCCGUUUUGAAGGUAAGAGAUUGGUAUUUGGAGUCUUUCCGUGAUGUUAGAUCCUUUCCAGAAAUCAAGGAUAACGGCGAUGAGUUGGAUUUCACACAAAUGAUUAAGAUGGUUAAAGUCAGACACAACAAUGUGGUCCCUAUGAUGGCUUUGGGAGUGCAACAGUUGAAAAAGGAUCUAAAUCCUAAAAUUGUUUAUGAGGAUCUGGAUGAAAUUCAUCAAUUUCUGGAUCGGUUUUAUAUGUCUAGAAUUGGGAUCCGCAUGCUUAUUGGGCAGCAUGUUGCCUUGCAUGAUCCGGAUCCACCUCCUGAUUGUGUUGGAUAUAUACAUACAAAAAUGUCCCCGGUUGAGGUUGCAAGAAGUGCUAGUGAGGAUGCCCGUGCCAUUUGCUUGCGAGAAUAUGGCAGUGCCCCAGAUAUUAACAUCUAUGGAGACCCUAAGUUCACAUUUCCUUAUGUCCCGACGCACUUGCAUCUAAUGGUGUUUGAGUUGGUAAAGAAUUCACUGCGUGCUGUUCAAGAACAAUAUAUGAACUCAGACAAGAUUGCACCUCCAGUAAGGAUAAUAGUUGCUGAUGGAUUGGAGGACGUAACAAUUAAGGUAUCGGAUGAAGGAGGUGGAAUAGCCAGAAGCGGUCUUUCAAAGAUUUUCACAUAUCUUUAUAGUACUGCAAAGAAUCCCCUUGAUGAUCAGUCAGAUGUUGAUCCUGAAACAGCAACAACUAUGGCAGGUUAUGGUUAUGGGCUUCCUAUAAGCCGUUUGUACGCCAGGUACUUUGGAGGGGAUCUGCAAAUUAUCUCCAUGGAAGGAUAUGGUACGCUUUCUCCACUUAUGCGUCCCAAUGUCAAUUUGUACGACUGUAAUGCACAACAGAGAUGAUAAACUGACUCUCUCUCUCUCUCUCUAUCUCUGGUAUUGGAUUGGAUUUGAUCUGAAAUUUCGUGCUCCGGCUUUACAGGGACUGAUGCUUACCUCCAUCUGUCGCGGUUGGGGGACUCUCAAGAACCUCUUCCUUGAGCCGAUGUGGCUUAAAACCAUUCUUGAGAAUGAUAUGUAGAGACACAAGUUGACUAUUCUUCCAACUGUGGAUUCUCUUGUCUGCGGUCUUUGUUGUUAUUUUUAGUGCAAUAAAUAGGGUUGAGGGGUUUGAAGAAACUGUAGCCUCUAUGCUUUCGGACAAAAGCUAAUUCAUGGCCAAAUCUUUGGUUGGCUCCUCUCAAUACAAUGGAGAUAUAUGUA